AUGGAUAUCGUUCUUGAGGUCUGGGAUACCAUCAUCGGGGACCGUGUGUAUUCGGCCCUGCUCCCCGUAUCACUUUCCUCGACGGUCUCGUUACCAGGCUUGACCAAUGCUGCCAAUAGCUCUUUGUCCUUGUUUGGUGCCUCCAAGCCGUUUGUGUACGAACCCGCCACUCAACUGUUCCAUCUGGAGCCGUCUAAGUACGCCUACCUGAGCGCAUGGCCCAGAAACAAUAUCUACCGCCAGUUCCUGAGUUUCUUUCUGAUCGUUUGGAUUUUCGGCAUUAUCGUUUACUUUAUAUCCGCGACCCUUUCCUACAUCUUCAUUUGGGACAAGACGACGGUCAAGCACCCAAAAUUCCUCAAAAACCAAAUUACCAUGGAGAUUGCGCAGACCAUGCGAUCGAUGCCCGUCAUGUCUUUCCUGACCGCUCCUUUCUUGGUCGCCGAGGUUAGGGGAUACGCCAAGUUGUACGACUCCUUCGACGAGGAGCCAUUCCCGUACUAUAGCGUUCUACAGUUCCCUCUGUUUAUCGCCUUCACCGAUUUCUGCAUCUACUGGAUUCAUCGUGGCUUGCACCACCCGCUGAUCUACAAGUCCCUCCACAAGCCCCAUCACAAGUGGAUCAUGCCUAGUCCCUUCGCGUCGCAUGCCUUCCAUCCCUUGGAUGGUUGGUCGCAGAGUGUUCCUUACCACGUUUUCCCAUUCAUCUUUCCCCUACAGAAGCUGGCCUAUGUUUUUCUCUUCGGCUUCAUCAACCUGUGGACGGUAAUGAUUCACGACGGAGAAUAUGUUGCCAACAGCCCAAUCAUCAACGGGGCUGCUUGCCACACAAUGCACCACCUCUACUUCAACUACAAUUAUGGACAAUUCACGACGCUGUGGGACCGCCUCGGUGGCAGCUACCGGAAGCCCAACGAGGAACUCUUCCGGCGCGAGACGAAAAUGGACGAAGCUGAGUGGAAGAGACAGACCAAGGAAAUGGAGACAAUUCUCAAAACAGUCGAAGGCGAAGACGACCGCAAGUAUCUGUCUCAAGAAGAGACUAAAAAGGAUCUUUGA